AUGGGUGGCAGUGAAAGUUCAGCUAAAUGUUUCGCCAAAUCUUGUAAUGAGCAAGUGUCUAAGACCUAUAACUCUCCAGAUAAUGAGGAGGACCAAGACAUUAAUGAAGAUCCAUUAUCAGCCAGGAAUUAUAGAGACAAGAUUAAGGAAGCAGGUGAACUUGACAUACACAGUAAUUUAGCUCUUUCUCGUUUCGAAUGCUCCGAAGCCACUCUUAGUGAGGAAAUUGGUGACAGAAACGAAGGGGCCUCUGCAUACAGUGAUCUCGGUGAUGUUUACAGAAAGUUGAAAGACUUUGAAAUGGCAGAGCACUGCUACAAGAGAGCGAUAGAAAUAUAUCAAGAAACUGGUGACUUGGAAAGUGAAGAAAGUGAACACAGUCGACUCGGAGAUCUUUACAGUUUUCUAUGUAAGUAUGACCUUGCACUUAAAAGCCAUGAGCGAAGUCUUAUCUUAACGAAGCAAAUGGGUAAUAAAAGGGGAGAAGAUACGAAAUACUGCAAUCUUGGAGCUGUUUAUAAAGAUCUCGGAGAUUACCUCAUGGCUAAGGAAUGCUGCGAACAGGCGCUUGCCAUCAGCACAGAAGAAAAUCACAUAAGGGGGCAAGCCAUUGACUACGGCAAUCUAGGAACUAUCCACCUGCAUUUUGGUGAAUACAAAACGGCUUACGAACUCCACCAAAAAGCACUAGACAUGAAAAUUAAAAUUGAUUUCAAAGAAGGAAUGCCUGCUGAUUACCUUCAUCUUGGUCAUUGCUGUAAGCAUCUUGGUGAGUAUGCAAAAGCGAAGGAGUUUUGGCGUUUAGGACUUGAUAUCGCUAGGACUAUUGGCGACAGUCUGAAUGAAUCAAAUAUAAUCGCUAGUUUGGCAGAUGUGGAGCACACAAUUGGCGAGUAUGAAAGCGCAAAGGCCUAUUAUGAACAAGCGCUUCAAAUCAGCCGAGAGGCUAGUGAUCUCAAGCAACAGGCAUCUCUGACCUGCAACCUUGCCGGACUACUUGCUCAGUCUCAAGGUGACGCAGAUAAAGCCAAGGCAGAUCUUGAAAGAUCCUUACAAACACUGAAACGAAUUGGAGAUAAAUAUGGAGAGAGCACUGCUUUAGCAAAUCUUGGAAUUCUUUAUACUUCACUAGGUAAAAAUCGCAAGGCGAUCGAAUACAACGAACAGGCUCUUGACAUUGCAAAGGAAAUUAUUGACAAAAAUGGGGAAAUGGUCAUCAACCACAACUUGGGACAGCUUUACAUGUGUCAAAAAGAGUUUAAGAAAGCAUCCGAUUGUUUUAGUACUGCACUUUCAAUUUCUCAAACGUCAAAAGACUUAAUAGGAGAAAGCCGUGCCUUUUGCAAUAUAGCAAUGCUGUCUUUGGCAAGAAACGAUAUACCAAAAGCUUUCUCGGCACUCUCAGCAAGCAUAAAGCUGCUUGAAAAAGCGUCGGUCAUACAUGGAGAAAGAGAAUCUUUUCAGAUUAGCUUUGCACACGAGCACAAUGAUCCUUAUCGAUUAAUGGUUGUUGUCCUGCUUAAACUAGGAAAUAUUGAUCAAGCUUUGUCCGUGUCGGAGCUUGGACGUGCAAGAUCAUUGGCUCAGCGAAUGGAGACUCAAUAUUCCGCGAAACCUUUACCUGGUUUUGAUCCUUUUCAAUGGAUAGAUCAUAAAAACGUUGUCCGGAAACGAUCCUACACAUGCCUGUCAUUUUGUUUUUAUGCCGGAUAUGUUUUUUACUGGAUUUUAAAGGGUAACAUGAAGACAACUUGCAAAGAGAUGUCAGCGAGACAAUGGCUUUCAGCAGACAGUCAGCCUCAACACGACUCCUUUCAAGACAAGUUGAAGGACCUGGCGUAUAAGUGCGACAGAGAGUUUUCACUUUUGCCAGGAGAACGAUGCGAAGAUCGCUAUUUGGUCCUUGAUGAUAAUCAUUCUGUGGCUAGAUCUCCAACCAAAUCUGAAGGAAGCCCGGAGCCUCAUCAAAGUCUCAACGCUUGCAAAGUCGAGGAGAAGAAUGAAGGUGGAUCGGAAGAAGAACCGCCCCUCAAAGUGUUGUAUAAAGUCACCAUAGCUCCUGUGGCUGGUCUUCUGGAAGGAUCUGAUGAGAUAGUUGUUGUCCCUGAUCGUUCACUAUACAGAGUUCCAUUUUCUGCAUUGAUGAACGAGAAAGGAAAAUUUCUGGCAGAAAGGUUCAGGAUUCGGUAUACUCCAUCAUUGACGACUCUCAAGCUGAUCCAAGACAGUCCUGUAGAUUAUCACAGUGAAAGUGGUGUUCUCCUAAUUGGCGAUCCUGAUGUUGGUACUGUCACGCACCAGGGACGUGAAUUGACAUUUGACCCAUUACCAUGUGCUAGAAAAGAAGUUGAGAUGAUUGGAAAUAUUCUUAACGUUCAACCCUUAACUGGUAAAGAAGCUGCCAAGGAAGCGGUACUACAGAAGAUACACUCUGUAAGUCUCAUUCACAUUGCUGCACAUGGUGAACCAGAGAGAGGUCAUAUUGCAUUAGCUCCAUCCAACCGUGAGAGGGAUGACUUUCUGUUGACAAUGGCCGACAUCUCCGCAGUCAGAUUGCGAGCCAAACUGGUUGGUACUCAGUUGCUGUCACAGUGGUAA